CUCACUGGCAGUGGGACGUUCCGUUUGCCACCUUCUCAGCGCGGAGACUGAUGCUCAGGCGAUGCGCCGCCGCGUCAGCCGCGUACAGUACAUCCAUUUCGUCUUCAACUCGCAUCAGAGCGAAGCUUCCACUGGCGGAUUAACUCCGAGCCUCGCUGCAACUCGUGGAUUCACCCUUCUCGGCCGCGCCGAGCGCACGCCCAGCCCAGCCAAUCGCUGCGCCAUCCGCGCCGGAACGAAGGAACCCAAUGAACGAAGAGUCCCCUCCACGUGGCCGGCUCCGUGCCCCGUAAUAGGCCCCGUCCCGUUGCCGCGUUACCUCGCAACCGAAGGCCUGCAUUGUCCAGGAAAGGCAACCCUUAUUGAACGUCCCCGGGGCUACUUCGCGCGACGGGCUCGAAGCAAGCCCUCCGCGGGAGAGCAUUCUGCUUGGAAACUGGGUCGCACGAGCGGAGCACGUCGCUAUGACCGACGUGAAACCUGUUUCAAGGUCUGCCCUGGAAGCCUGCCAGUGCUUACAAGAUGUGAUGAUGCAAGAAGUUCACUGACGAUUUCCUGCAUGUUAGGCUGGCCGCCUUGCCCUGGCACUGGAAGGCGUCCCAUAGGCCGCCACCCCUGGUGCCUAUUUUCAGAACGAUCAGAAGAGCACAGCCCCACUUGACUGCUCUCCAGGGCCAUACCAGUAGCUGACGGAUUUUGAUAUGGUCAGUGCCCCCGGAGGAUUCCUAUCUGCCAUCACAUGCGAUACUUACUCUGCGGUCGGAUGUUGCGUGGGCGUCUCCAUA